UCACGCCCCUCACGCCGCUAUCUCUGAGGAUCCCUAGUCGCACAAGGCCAUGCCUGGCCUGUUGGCGUCCCUGGCGGUUGUUGGGUUCUGGCGGUUGUUGGGUCCCUGGCAGUUGUUGGCGGUUGUUGGGUUCCUUCAUUGAACCUGCACUAACUGGGGCUUCCAGUCAGCAUCAGUCAGCGGAUCCUUGGGCCGUGGGGCAGCCGCAGGUCGGUUAGGCCACCAGGGCGGCUCUCGUGCCAGUGAGGCCCUUGCGAGCCCUUUGAACAGACAGAGGCCAAAUCUGGAUCAGUCAGGCGGUGAGAUUAAGCAUAGUCAGGGAGUUCUCCAGGAGCCAGUGACGGCGUUCCUCAGCCUCCACCACGUCAGUCACCUGGUCAGCCCGAGAGCAGCUGGGGCGCCAUCCGUCUACCAAGCAGGUGAACAGGCCUUCAUAUUGACCAGAGACAGAAGCCCCUGACUUGGCUAAAGAUACUUUCUGCUCUCCCUAUCCCCACAUCCUCUUUCAGUUACCCAUCACCUCACUCCUUCUGAACCAUAUGGUUCUGAUGUCAGAACCAGCGUAGGAAAGAGCUUCUGCUAUUCUUGAGAACUGUUGCUGCUGCAAGUGAUGCUUCCACUGCUACAGCUGGUACCUGCUAAGCUGCUCAACUCUUCUUGCUCCUUGGAGAAGACACUGCAGUGCAGCUGUUCCUUCCAUGGGAUUCCCACACCCUCUGUGCAGUGGUGGAUGGGAGGAGUCCCCGUGGGUGUGGAUGGCAUGGAUGGCAGCCUCCAAGUGACCUCCACCGUGCUUGGCCCCUGGGCUAACAGCACCAUCAGCCUAACCGAAGAGCCAGAAAUGGGCAUGAGACUUCUCUGUGAGGGGAAGAACCAAAACGGAACCCACGCUUUGAGCAUCCUACUGAUGUCAAGAAAGAGUUCUUUGGCUUCCCAGGCCUUCGUGAAAGGGCUGAUCCAGGGUGCUAUCUAUGCGGGAAUUGUAAUUGCGCUGCUCUUCCUCUGCCUCCUCCCUCUCAUAGUGAAACAUAUCAGAAAGAAGCAGGCGAAGAAAGCUGCAGCAAUCAGAGCAAAAAACAGCUCGAAAGUCAGAGCAAGCCAAGAACUCGAGAUGUGUCUGAAGCCUGAGGAACCAGGAAAACCCAUAGUCACCACAUUUUCUGAGAGCCACAUAUUGGAAAAGCAAGAUAAACGAGCCAGCUAAGCCUGUGGAACGUGCAUCAUACCUGGAGUCACCAUUAUCCCUGGAAUUAGAAAAGUCUGCAAAAUUUAUAGAGCCCACAGAAACCCUGGAGGCUGUAAUAAACCUGGAGCCCCCGGACUCUCCUGAGCUCACAAAACCCUCUCAGUUCCCACACAUCCCUUACACUCAUUCUCCACUGAAUAGGGGUUUACUCUCAGACCUAGUCUUAGAGCCUCUGAAGACAAACUUUGCAAUUGGUUGUUUGACUAAACCAGAAGAAAUCUGUGCCACCCUGGGAAGGUGUCAAAAGAAGGAAAGAUAUAUGUGACAAUAUGAAUCAAGUCCCAUCAGCAAGUUGCUUUUGAGCGCCUACUGUGUGCCAGUACCUGAGAUACACCUACAAGAGCACCAGGCUUUCAAGCCUUCAUAUCUGAAUGGAAUCCCAACUUCAGUGCUUGGUAGCUGUGUAUCUUUGGACAAAAUCUUUCAUUCCCCAACCUUUAAACAUCACAUGACCCAUACCUGGGUGGAGAGCGGGUGAAAAGUACUGUUCAGAGAUGCAGAUGAGAAAAAACAUGACGAUGGGCCCUGAAGGCCAAGAUUCAUUGGAGCUUUAUCUUGUAGGACCUUAUCCUGACUCCCUUAGAAUGUAAGUUCCAAGAGAACAGGGACUUUUUCUGCCUUGUUUUCUACUUUUAUCACCAGCACCCAGAAUGAUGCCUAAAAUACAAUAAGAUCUCAAG